UAUAUGCAAUAACCUUGUAUAUUUAAGCCAUGGUUUUCACGUGUUUGGCCUUAGCCUUUCGUUGUUUGGUGUGUCCUACAACAAUAUUACUGUUCCGUUUAUUUUUCGAAUGUUCGAUUGAGGUAGUCUUUUAUUACUAUAUUAUUAUUUACUAUAAAAUAUCGUCUUUUUAUAGUAUUUAUAUUGUCAAAUUUUGUUGGAUACAAAUUUACAAAAUCUCAUAAUUUAAAAAUGACUAUUAUUUGUGCCGUCAAAUUUUGCAACAGUAAAAUGUCACUAACAAAAAAAAUUAGCUACUUCAGAUUUCCAAGUGACCAAUUGAGGUGUAAACAAUGGAUGGGAAAUUGUCAUACUGUACAUUUGCUAAACAAAGAUCCUGCUAUUUUAUACAAAAAUUACAGAGUAUGUUGUGUUCAUUUUGAAGACAAUAUGUUUUUAAAUCCAAGUAGUAGGAACCGUCUUACAAUGAAUGCUGUGCCAACAAUAUUCAGUGAGAGAUGCAUAUGAUAAGUUCAGCCAACCAAAAUUCUUCUCAAAAAAUAAUCUAUUGAUGCACCCCAGGGCCUUGAGGGUAUCCAGUGAAUUACAGAUUUUGACUUAAGUUUAUUUACAUUAAUUUAAUUAUUAUAUAUUAUAUUUGUCUUCUUGUAAAGUAAGUUUUUUUAAG